GUACCAUUUGUUGACAUCAGGAAUACAAAGUGCACGAAAAUCUGAACAUGAAAUGGUUACUGAAUUGCUAAUAAUGACGCAGUUGAUCAACAAACAAUGGAAUGAAGAAUUGCGAAAGAAAAUGUAUUAUAUAGAUUUAUUUUAUUUUGCUACUCUUCGUAUAAUCCAAUUUAGAGUGUCAUGGACAUAUUUGAACUUCAGCAACAAGAGUGAGUUUAAUUAUUGUAUAUAAAGGAAAGACAUUGACUUCAAUAAUUGAGAGCAGUAGCUCAGUGUUUGAGAGCUUAAUUAACAUUCCAUAUUAGUUACUAAUUAUAAAAUGUAAUAUAGAAAGUAUUAAUUUUACAACAUAGAGAGAUGUUAAUAUACUUUAUUGCGCUAACAUUAAUAAUGUAGUUUAUGACAACUGCAAGUUCCAAAUAAAUGUAAUAUUUAUAUUGAUGUUAAAAUUUAAUAAAUCCUUUUAAUAUUGUGACUACAGUUUUUUAGGAGUAACGUACGAUACAUAAUAUUUUUCCCAACCCAAGGCACCAAAGCAGUAGUCUUCAAAUGAGCGUAAGGUUGCAAAUUUGUGUCUUUCG